AUGGCACGAGAAGAUGCGGGAACGGACUACCUCUACCAAAUCAAGUUACUUUCUGCCCUGCGGAGCGGCGACCCCGCUCGAAUACAUACAUUCCUCACAGAACUGAGCAAGGACGGCCGCAAGUCAGUGGACGGCGACAGCGAACUCGGCGCGGCAGCUCUUCAUCUGGCCAUCCGUUGUGCUUCCACCGACACUAUUACUCUUCUCCUCUCUCACCGCGCCAUCUCGCCGAGCGCGGUGCAUCCACCCGGCUCCGGAACGACCGCAUUGCAUCUCGCAGCAUCUCUCGCGCGCGCGGACGUCGUCAGCUUACUGUUGGAACAGGACGGAAUAGAUGACACGCUCCGGGAUGCUCAGGGCAGGACGUGCCUGGAGGUUGCCAAGGGCAAGGACACGGUUCGCGCUAUUCACGAUUCACGCACAUUCCUUACGGCGUCGUAUCGGUCUCUCCUGAGGACUUACAUACUAUCUCCGUCUAAUGCGGCCCCACCGGGCGCUCUUAUCAAGCUGCUCUCUUCGCCGCGGAUCCGGCACGUCGACCUCUCGUACCUUGACGAGUCUUCCGGCCGAACCCUUCUGCACGAAGCCGCGCGGCGGAAAGACCUGCGGCUAAUCGAGCUCGCUGUGCGUGCGGGCGCGGACGUGUUUGCGCGUGACCGCAAAGGACACACGGUGUCGGAGAGCGCCGGGAAAGAUGAGCGCGUGAAGGUCUUCCUCAAGCAAUUCACGAACCAAGACACGUCGCUCCUGGCGAAGGCCUCCACCGAGCCACCUGAGCUGCGGGGAUACCUCAACAAGUACACGAAUGUUGCCAAAGGUUACAACACCCGCUGGUUCGUCCUCAAGAACGGCGCGUUCUCAUAUUUCCGCCAUCAGGACGACGAGGGCAUCGCGUGCCGCGGAUCGAUCUCCAUGAAGACCGCGGUGUUGCAUGUGUCACCCGGCGGCGCGGGUACGCGCUUCGAGGUGCACUCGAGCCCGUCGCGCGGGCACCACGGCGUCCAAAAGUGGUAUCUGAAGGCGAAUCACAGGGUAGAGACCGCGCGAUGGACACAGGCGCUGCAAGCGAGCAUGCAGUGGGCGCGCCGAGAGGCGGAGGGCGAGCGCAAGAGCGGCGAGAGUGAUGCGACGGCGUACAGUGGGACCACCAGGGGGCUGGCGUCGAAAGGCACGGUCGCGCGUGUGAAGAGUAUAGUCAGCGGGAGCUUCGGGUCGACGGCAGACGAUGUGUCCGGCGACGACAACACACAGGUGCAGGAGCCGCCCGACAAGGACGCGCCCGAGCCCGAGGACCACGAGCAUGAGCGCGAACAGGAGCAUUCUUCGAUGGCCGAGUCGACGGAACAGGGCCCUCCGCAUGGAGGGUCGUUCGAGCUGCAGGGCAACGCGCUCGUCGCGCAGGUAGAGCUGACCUCGCAGCUCCUCUCGCAGGUCCCAGGUGGCAACGAGUCCCCGCGGGCGGCGGAGCUCAAGCGCGCGGUGGAGGACACGUUCGCGUCGAUGCACGGCAUGCUGGGCGAGUACGUGCAGAUGGUGCGCGAGCGCGAGGAGUGGUACCGCACGGCGCUCGAGCGCGAGCGCGAGCGGCAGAACGUGUGGGAGGAGAGCCUGCAGGCGGUCGUGAAGGAGGGCCAGCAGAUGGAGGACGAGCUCCGCAUGCGGUUCCGGAGGCGGAGCCGCACGCUCGACGCCAGUUUCCUCACGAUUAGUCAAGGCGACGGCUUUUUCGCGCUCGCGGGUUCGGAAGCAUCUGCGGGUGACGCGCCGUCGCCGGGCGCUCUCAACGCGUCUCCCGAGUCGAUUUCUACCCCGAAGGGUCCGCUGAUGGUCGCGCGCCGGCCGCUGUCGCAGCAGGCCUCCAGGUCACCAAUCCGGGCGAUAUCUGCUUCGAGCGUCCGCCAGGCGCCACCCUCGCCCGGCUUCCAAGAAGCGGAGGCAUUCGUGGAUACGGACGAAGAGGACGAGUUCUUCGACGCGAUCGAGACCAAUAACCUGCCAAACCUCGUCGUCAACAAGUCGUUGCUGUCGAACGACGACCACCUCUGGAUAACGGUGCACAGGAACCAGUAUCAGGGGUACCUGAAGCUGCGUGAGCGGCUGGCAAUUGACACUGACAACCGGCCGCCAAUGAGCCUGUGGGCAGUGUUGAAGAAUAGCAUUGGGAAGGAUCUGACAAAGAUCUCCUUUCCUGUCUUCUUCAAUGAGCCUACCAGCAUGUUGCAACGGAUGGCUGAAGAUAUGGAGUUCUCUGAGUGCCUCGACGCUGCAUAUGCCGAGAACGAUCCACAGAAGCGGAUAGCCUUUGUCGCUGCGUUUGCAAUGUCCAACUACUCAUCAACGAUUGGACGCAUAGCCAAGCCUUUCAAUCCUAUGCUGGGUGAGACCUUCGAGUACGUCCGUUUGGAUAAGGACUAUCGCUACAUGUCGGAGCAAGUCAGCCAUCAUCCACCAAUGUCAGCUUGCUGGGCAGAGUCCCCGCAUUGGCGUUAUUAUGGCGAGGUUGAUGCGCAGAACAAGUUCAUGGGCAAGUCUUUCGAGAUCCGGCCUACUGGAAUUGCUCAUGCAGAACUACUUUUGCCUGAGACGCGCGCGCCAGGGUAUCCGAAAGCUAAGGGGCCUCAUGUUGAAGGCAAGGUCAUCGAACACUACAGCUGGAAGAAGGUCACCACGAAUAUCUCGGGUUUCAUCCUCGGGUCUCCGACAAUCGAUCAUUAUGGGGACAUGGUGAUCACAAAUCAUCGUACCCAGGACAAGUGUGUACUGACCUUCAAGCCUCGUGGUUGGCGAGGCAAAGACGCCUUUGAGAUCUCGGGUUACGUGGCGGAUGCGGAGGGAAAUGUCACGUACGAGAUUGCCGGUCGCUGGAACAGUCAAUUAGUGGCGCGUUCAGUAGGCAGCGGUAUCGGGCAGCUUCACCCCGAUGUCAAAGUGAGCGGACCUAGCUCUCCGGCUGCCAGCAUGGAGUACAUCUUGCUUUGGCGCAACUCCGAGAAGCCCCCAGCGCCCUUUAACUUGACGCCUUUCGCGAUCACCCUCAAUGACUGCGGGGACACACUAGGGCCAUAUGUCGCACCCACAGACUGCCGCCUGCGUCCAGAUCAGAGGGCGUUCGAGCUGGGCAAGUACGAACGCGCCAACGACCUGAAGAACAAGCAAGAGGAGUACCAGCGUGCAACACGACGUGCGCGGGAGGAAGGACGCCUGCCUCCUCACAAACCGCGCUGGUUCUUAGCACAGACUGAGCCGGAUACCGGCGAGAGGGUCUGGACUCCCUCUAUGAUCAACAAUGAACUUGAGUACUGGCUAGAACGAGAUAAGGUGUGGGAAGGGAAGCAGAAGGAACAGCCAGCGUCCUGGGAGGGCGUGGAUCGUAUCUUUAUUGAGGAUGAACCGUAGCGAUGCCUGUUGUACAAUGACGGACAUACUAAUUCCUAGGGGUGGGAUGUAUUACACGAGUAAGUAAUGAUGUACAAAGUGUCUUAACUACUGU